AAAAAAAAAAACCUAAAAAAAAAAAAAAAAAAACCUUCAAUGUUCAUGUAGACCCUAUCAUACUGAUUCAUACAUACCUACAUAACACUCCAUUUGUACAGUAGUUAAUACAUGUGUUUACAUACUUACAUAGUAAUCAAUUCCGACACAUCCUUUUCUACCAACCCUCCCCCUUUGUUUCCCUCUCUAACUGGUCUCCGACAACUUACCUAUGCUUCGACUCCCAACAGGAUCAACCAACUGCCACUUAUAUUCCUCUACCUGCGUAUUCUCUAACAUCAAUACACUGGAACAAAACACUGGAACAAUACAUCCAUCCUUCCAACUAGACUCACUUACACCACUACAUACAUAGCUAACUUAGCUAAGCUUAUAUUUUUGGAUGACGGCACGGAACCUGCCCUUUUCGAGCACUACGCGUUUAGACACCUUGGCAUCGUACUAAGGCUUACCUAUCACUGCUAUCAGUCUAAGAACGACAGCGUAACUGCAACCGUCCAUUUUGUUUCGUCGCCUCUUGGUCAGCCGCCAUUAGCCCGACCAGGAAAACUCUUAAACCCCUUAAAGCCUGCCCGCCCUCCUGCUUACUUUCCUUUUGCCUCCCUCUUCCCUCUCCUUUCCGAGGUAUGUGGAGGACGGAACCUAUCAUCAUGGAUCAAAAUCGGAAUAAGCCAAUACCAAACGACCGCAAUCACCUCUCUAAACCCCAGAUAUUCGUACAACUCGCAUUCGGUGUAUCAUGGUCCCAACGACAUGCCCCGCAAACGCAUACUGUCACUUACAUGUCCCGCAAUUUGAAGAACGCGAGGGAUUCUGGAAAUUUUCCACGUCAGGUGCCAUCGCCAACUACGAAUUUCUUAGCUCCAGAACAACGCCAAAAUCGGAGAGAGCAUCCAGGCCGACACCAUCACCAAAAUAACCAACAUCAUCCAAUACAGAAUGGGUGCAACCGCCCCCAUACCGGCGAGCAGUCUAGUGACCAAUUAAGACCCCGGCCAAGAAGGGGCUCGACGGAUGAAGCUUUACAUGGCCGAGGAAGGUCAGCCCCGCCACCCUUUAACAACAAUCCGUGGGAUGUUCAUCAUGCAUCGGCAUUGUCCAUAUUCCCGCAUGGUACACAGGAUGACAAGGGACCUUCGCAAAUGUGGAAAGCACUGCCAGCACCACCUACUCAGUUCCGGCUAGGGGAGGAUGGAUUACCGUGGUCUUCUUGGGCACCGGUGGACGUCCCAGAUAGCGGAGAGGAUGGCGGUGACUGGUCUUAUGCGAAUGGCCCCGUUCCAUCAGUGCCAAUUUCUACAGAGCAACCUCGCACGGAGGAUCCCGAAAGGGUUCGGGAACUCGAAUCACUAUCUACAGCUAUGAUGACGGUAGAUAAUGGGUUCGAACACCAAUGGUGGUAUCAGGGGCAGCGAGAGUCGGUCGAAAGUUGGUGGCCACGAGACUUGGAGGCUUCGGAUGAUGCAGGGACGAUGAGUACCGCAGAAGCCACGCUACUCGCAAACAUAGAGCCACCCUCAGCAAUAGAGCCCGACGACGAUAACGACUAUGCUUCGAAUUACCAUGUCUUGGUAUCACCAAUAUCCGAUGUGGGAAGCCCAACCCAGGGCUUUAGCCAGCCGCUCCACAGGUCCUUGACAACAAGGUCAGAAGAAUUAUGGUUAGAAAGGUGAUAGCGCACUAUUCGAUGUGCAUGGGUUUCACUCUUCGAAGCAUUAGGAACCCUCCAGAGUACGGUCUAUGCCAUAGACCGAAUUGUCCCUUCGAGUUAUAUUACGUGUAGCGGUCGAGCGAUAGCUAUGUCACUAGUCAAGAGGUGAUAAUAUAGAGGCAUGCAUAUUAUUAGGCGUUUAGGAUAUUGUUUUAACAGGGCCAUGCAGAGGCAUUAUGCGGAGGAUAUUCCCAAAGGUUAUAGGUAGAGUUAGGACAAGGUCAUUGGAGAUGUUAUUAGAAAAAAAAAAA